GAAUUGUGAUUCUGGAAGCCAUGAAUUAUUUUGCUUGUACUUUUGCUUUAUUUGUUUAGUUAUUUGUUCAAGCAUUAUUUGGCAUUUUCUUAGUAUGGUAGACUCUGGUGGGCAGCUGCCAGAAGCCCAGAAGUAGAAAUAACCUCCACUGGGAUCUGUAUCUCCUCUGACCCAAAAUUUCAGGAGAACUGAAAGAAAAUCAGGACAGAAAGGUUGUAUGUGUCUUAGUCAAUUUAUUGAUUUAUGAUGUUUAUUGUUUGUCUCUCACCUCCAGAAUUUAAGCUCCUCCAGGGCUGGGAUCCUGUUUUGUUCUUAAUGUAUGCCAGUCACCUAGAACAGUGCCUGGCAGACAGUAGGCUGUCAGUACUCAUUAAAUAACUGAAUGUAUCCCAACUGCUUCUUCGUCUGUACCUUUCUCCCCACAAAAAAAAUGAGAAGGGGGUGCCUUAGUGACUGAGGAGGGGCGAGGGCUAGGUCUGUGAAAACCAAGCCAAAACCCUGGACAGAUCCCUCGACCCAAAGCUCACUGGGCAACGCGACGACCGCGUCCUGAAGUCCCACCCUCUGGGUGGGCUCGGGGCUGAGGCGCCGUCCCUGAUUGGUCCGCUGGAGAUGAUAGGCAAGAGAGACAGCGAAGGAGGAGCCACGUUCUAAACUUCCGGGCGCGGCGGUUUGCGCGGCUGGAGGAACCGUUGGCGUGGUGGUCCCGGUUGGCUUGGUGGUCCCCGAGUGAACGCGGCGGCCUGUGGGGAAGACGAGGAGGGUGAGCCGGGAGAGGACCCCGGGGUGCAGUUCUUUUAGCCCUGAAAUGUUUGAGCAUGGCAGAAGGGAACACCUUAAUAUCAGUGGAUUAUGAAAUUUUUGGAAAGGUGCAAGGGGUGUUUUUCCGCAAGCAUACUCAGGCUGAGGGUAAAAAGCUGGGAUUGGUAGGCUGGGUCCAGAACACUGACCGGGGCACAGUGCAAGGGCAAUUGCAAGGUCCCGCCUCCAAGGUGCGUCAUAUGCAGGAAUGGCUUGAGACAAGUGGAAGUCCCAAAUCACACAUUGACAAAGCAAACUUCAACAACGAAAAAGUCAUCUCAAAGCUGGAUUACUCGGACUUCCAAAUUGUGAAAUAAUGGCCUUUAUUUAAAUUUUUAAAGAUAAACUCAGUGGUUUGGGGGUUUUUUUGUUAAUAGAAUUAUUGUGUGUUCAAUAUUAGUAUUUGUCAGUAACUUAUUUUAGUACCAGAUAUUUGAUUGUUACUGUAUAUUACAUGUAUGAUAGAAGGAUUACAACUGUAUACAAUUCUAAUCAAUAAAAACACAUUAAAACCUUCUGUUUAGGGUACUUUU